AUGUUCGACUCAUCAGAGAAUGAACAUGAGUCUGAUUAUCACAGUGGUUCACGCAACUUAACUGGUAGUGCAGAUUGUCGGUCUAACACGGACAUGAAUCUAGAAGAGAAAGAAAUGGCAGUAGGAAUGUCUGACGACCAGCAGGGUGUGGUCCUUUCUCUCUUUGAUCAAGCGGCAACUGUCAUUGGAGCUACAUUGCCUUUUGAAGCAGUAGAAAUGUUGUCUAAGCGGCUGGAAAAGAAAAUGAGCGACGAAGAACAGCUAGCAGUCAUGAAAGCGUCUUUUCCUACGGACAAAGGCCUCAUUAGGCGGUACGCAUUCGUCUCUCGAAAGACAGACUACUAUAGCAGAUUAGACGACAUUGAGUUUUCUGAUCUGGUGUUCCACCGAAACAUACGUACAGAUCAAUUUGUAAAAGAUGCGAUGCAGAUUGGAUUUUGUUUGACUGGAAAAUAUCAAUCGUUUUCCGGAAGUAAGAGAAAUGAGAUAGUUGCUUCUGUCUAUUUCGACCGUCAACGUGUUACUUCAACGUUGUGCUCGGAACAUCAUGACUCCAAAUGGUGUCGGCACGUCGUCACACUUAUAUUUUACCGCAUGGAUAGUCCAGAAAAAGUCAAGUAUCGUCUGCCGGUGUCUGAUUCUGUUCAACGUCUUUCUGAUAGCGAGCAGAAGCAAUUUAUUAAUAUACUGCUCGCUCAACGUCCUUUAGAAAUGUUGGGGUUUGCCCAGGAAACUUUAGACGAGCUGCUAGAUAAAAGGCACAGCAACAAAGUUACUAGCAACGACGUAGAUUUGAAUGACUCGUCAGUUGUCGUCGUGCAAGAUUGCACUGCAGGUGGAGCAGUAGACGACGAAGGUCUAUGGUGUGUGGAUGACAAAGAAGUUAGUCGAAUUUCACAAGAUUUCUUUAGGACGGAUUCUGCUUUCGGCAUCUCUCCUCCAUUAGAUCGAUACAGAGAAGAGCCUGAGUCUUGGGAUGUCAUUCUAGAAAGAUCAGUGUAUGAAACUGAUUUACCAAUUUCAUCAAUAUUUGAUAAUGGAAGUUUUAGAGAAAACGAAGAGGAGUCGUACUCUUUUGAUAGAAACGUCAAAACUAUACUUCAAGUUAUCACCGAUCUGACAAAGAGAGGUGAGACAAGCCCAAUUGCAGCUCUCAAUGUCAUUACCGAAGAGUGGUUAAAAGCAUUAGCAAGAAAAGCUAUUGGCAAGAAAGAAAUAGAAAAGUACUCCAGUCAGUCAAGCAACGGAGCAUGCAAUAUUGUCAAUAAAAUACCUCAAGUUCAAUCACAACGGGUUCGACGGAGGAAAGACGUUGGCUUUCUUUCUGCAAUCGAACCGUUCUUUUUCCCCGACAAGCUAGCAGUCAGUUGGAGAAGAGUAGCAUUUGGAUCGAUUUUUGAUGAUGAUUUGGUAUCAUGGAUUCGAAGCAAGCUGAAUAAUUUGGCUCAAAAGCUUGACAACAUCACUCUUGUGGCUCUCACCAACAUGGAAAAUGAACAGCAGUCUGAGAGCAGGCAAACGGAGUACUAUUGUUCACAGGGAGGUAAAGUCCUUUGCGAUAACCUUUACGAAUGGAACAGAUUUCAACACAUAGCAGAUCUUCUCAAUCCAACUGUUUGUGAAGUCUAUAGGGCUGUGUCAAAGAAUGUCGUUUCUGUCAGCAAAUCUCUCGUAUUGGCGUCUGCUCUUCCUGGCUGUGAAGUACUCUACACGGCUGCUUACCUUGUGUUAUGUCUAAUAGACAACGGAAUGAACAAAGCUGCCGAUAUGCUGGCAAGAAGUUGUAUUAUGAACACAUUUCGUCCAAUUUUAUUUACCACUCAUCAGAACAGCGGUUGUGAUCCAGUUAUAGAACCGUCACUAGAAUCAGAAUAUGAACGGUUUUCUAGAGUUGUUCAAUGCCACGAAAAAAUCGCCGAGUCAUUCUGGAAAAGGAAUUGCAAAACUGGCUUGAUAAAUGUUUUAAAUGUUUUCUUCAAAACCAUUGAAGAAAAUUCGUGGGCAUGGUCUACCAGGUAUACAUGGAAUAUGGCACCUUGGAUCAAUAAAUCAUUUUCCCCAGGAUCAAGAGGAAUGGAAAUGAAUUCGAAAGUGAAUCUUGUAACUUUAGUAGCGCCAGCAGCUAUGAUUCUGGGACUGCUGUGCGUUGUCUUGCCACUAGAUAUUGAGAAGACUUCAUCCAUAGAACAGGCUCAAAUUGUUAGAGAAAAGAAUAGAAUCUUCUCGGCGAUUUGUCAACACAUGAGUAAAACAACUGAUGAUUUUCCACAGCAGAUCAGUCAGUUGGCUCCCUUUCUGGAACGAAAUGUCUCACAUCUUCACGCACCUUCUACUGCGGUGCUGUUUCUUUAUUGCGCAAUCUUGUUGAAUCCCGAGCUUGAAGACAGCUGCAACGACGAACAAAGGCAAUUACUGUCAGCCACAGUUGCAGCUCUAAGACAGCAAACUGUUGUUUUAGUCAGUCUUUUGACUGAAACAACCUUUGUUGAUUUCAGUUGUUAUGAAACUCAGUGUGCUGCUUCUACUCUUAUGGCGUUCGAAACGUAUUCACAGUCUAACGAAAGCCUUAGUCUUGUAUUUCGAUCUGUAACCGAACCUUUAUUGCAACUAUUACAAAACAGGAUUCCAAGGCAGUCCAUUAGUGACAACAAAAUGGCUGAACGGGAGAGCAACGAACUUAUUCGAAAUCGUGAGUGCUCUAUAUGA